CAGGAUGUGAUAGCUGGACAGCAGCCGGAGCACUGAGAUGUGGAAAGAAGAGUCAGCUGAGCAGAGCUUUUGGUUUGUGGUGUUUUCUCGGUUACUAUUGAUCCGUGAGUGGGUGGGUGUGUGCGCUGAGGAUGUGAAAUCAACAUGGUCAGGAGACUCUGUGAAGAUUAGUCAUCACCUGAAAGUGAGUGUGAUCUGGACUCUCUCUCCGUGCUGCAGCACCAUGGCCGCAUUCCAGCUGUUCUUCCCGCUGUUGAUCAGCUGCGUGGCAGCAUCCGCACAUCCUCCCCGCCACCUCCCUCCAUGCCAAGUUGUCCAGAUGGAUGUGUUAUGCAGCGAUCUGAGCCUUAGAAGUGCACCAGGGAACCUUCCUCAUGGUGUCCAAAUGUUGGACCUUUCUCGUAACCAGGUGCAAAAUCUUACCCAGGAAACUCUAGCAUAUCACACUGGCUUCCAUCAUCUGAAUCUUCAGGCGAACAAGAUACACUUCAUUCAACCGGGGCUCUUCAAAAACAUGACUGAUCUAAAAGUCCUAGAUCUGUCCAGGAAUCAUCUGAAUGUUUUUGCUCUCUCCAAAAUCAACAUUGGGCCUCUUACAGUUGUAGAGUCACUUGAUCUUUCAAAUAAUGGGCUAUAUACAGGAAUGUCUGACUAUUUCCUGGCUGAAUCUCCAGCGCUGGCAAACCUUUCUCUCAACAGCAAUAGCAUCACUAAAAUAGCACAAAAUACUUUCGAUGGAUCCUUGAACUUGACGAAAAUCAGCCUUCACAAUAACGUCAUCAUGGAGAUUGAAGAUGGAGCUUUCGACUCCUUGAAACAUCUGAUUGAACUUGAUUUGUCCAAGAACUCGAUCACGUGCAUCACAGACUUCAAUCUAUAUAAUUUGGCAGUGCUCAAUCUUAGUAAGAACAGUAUGGAGCUUUUCCUAAGUGCAAAAACAAACCAUUUAUAUAAACUUCGCCAUCUUGAUUUGAGUGAAAACAAAAUGCGUUACUUUCCUCUACUCCCUAAAAACAAUAAGCUUGAAUACCUGGACGUUUCACGAAACCAACUUCAGACCCUCAAUAUCUCGGGAAGUCCGGAAAAAAGGACUGUUUAUUUUUAUCAUCUGAGAUAUCUGAAAUAUCUGGACAUGAGUUACAACCAACUCAAAAGCUUACCAGAGUCCUUUUUUAACUGUAUGCCAUCACUUGAGGUCCUAAAUGUGAGCAACAACUGUAUUAGCUCGUUUUCUCUCACUAAUGAAGAUCUUCUACAAAAAAUGAAGAUUAUUAAUCUCAGCUAUAACUCGUUGCAGAGUCUGACAUUUGGGGAAAAUACUCUGCAAUCGCUGGAAGAGCUCUUCUUACAGGGAAACGACCUCACUACCCUGGACCAUCACAUAUUUCAAAGACUUCCAAGUAUCAAACACCUGCAACUCCAGCAGAAUAACCUGAAAAUCUGUACCUCAGACCAAAACCACCGGGAUCCUCCAGAUUGUGUCUCCUUUACUUCCAUACCAAACUUGCAGUUCCUGAACCUCUCUGAAAAUAAUCUGUGGACUCUCCCUGCAAAUGCAUUUGCAAACAGCCCACUGAAGUUACUGGACUUGUCCCUGAACCCAGGCUUAGAUAUGGAUAAACACUCCCUCUCUGGUCUGGAGCAUUCCCUGGUUCACCUCCUGUUGAGGGAGAACAACAUUUCAAGUUUAAACACAGCCCUAUCAUCGCUGAAGAGUCUCAAAAACAUAGACCUGUUCACUAACCGGCUGAACACCCUACCUAUGUUGAACAAGGAGUCCUCCAUUGAGUCACUAAACCUGCAGAAUAACAACCUCGUCACCCUGGAGUACAGCACCAUGCUUGCUCUGGAGCACUCACUAAAAACCCUCUACAUGGGCUCCAACCCUCUGAGCUGCUGCAGCAAUCUCGACUUCCUCAACAUGGUCCAGCACUCAGCUCUGGUGGUUCCUGACAUUGAGAUUGCGACCUGCAUUCAUGAUGAGUAUUCAGAACCGGUCAACAUCGAGAAGGUGACUCAGGAAAUGUGUCAUAGAGCAGGUGUCCAAAACUAUAUUGUUUUUAUAUUGAUAGUGAUUCUUGUGAUGAUCGUGCUCGGGCUUCUGGUUAAAUGUUGCCAUUUAAGGAAACGAAAGCACAACCGAAGCUUUAGCGCGUAACACGAAUAAAGCCAUGAAGGAAUUAAUAGUUGAGACUUUUCCAAUUUCUGUUCACGAGAAGGUUGGUGUUUUAACUAGAGACAGUAGAAAAACUAUGAAUGUAAUGAUCUAAAGGGACAAUUUAAGGCCUUGUUUUUGGGUUUCCACUACCAUCUUUGCUAAAAGAGGGUACAAAUCCAAAUUUGGUCAAAAGGGAAGAAGCCUGGGUGAAGUUGAGAUGCAAGAGGCACCACAAUGGACCGACUGAUGAGGCUGAGACAUCUGUCAACCAAGAAAACGUGCCAUAAUAUCACCUAAAUGAAGAAAAUGCAUAUAACCAUUGAAAGCAGGACUUCUUGUGGAAAACAUUUUCUACUUUUGUAAAAGUUUAAAUGGACUUCUUGCAGUCAGUGUCUAUAGGCCAGUUCGGGAACUGUAACUUUAGAGCCUUAGGGCUCAAGCUUAGGUGUCUAACUGCUUGGUUGUAGUAUCAAGCCACCUGCUAACCAUUGAAUGUAAAAGGAAAAAUCCACACUAAAAGACUGAACAGUGUUGACCAUUUUGUCCACUGACAGAGCACACUGAAAUGCAACCAUAAAAUCUUAAAGGAAUAGUUUGACUUUUGAAGGCUUAUUUAUUUGUUUCCUUGCUGAACGUUAUUUGAGAAGAUUGAUAGCACUUACUUACUAUGUCUGUGUGCUAAAUAUGAAGCUAGCUAGCUUAGCUUAGCUUAGCAUAAAGACUGAAAACAGGAGAAAAUAGCUAGAAUGACUCAGUCUAAACGCAACAUAUCAACACCUCUAAAAGUCACAAAUGAAUACUUUUGGAAAGAGCUAGGCUAACUGUUUCCCCCUGUUUCCAGUCUUUAUGCUAAGCUAAGCUAACUGACUGCUAGCUAUAGCAGGUAUCAAUCUUGUGAUCUAACUUUCAGCAUGAAAGGAAACAUUUGAACGAGGGGUUCCUGAAAAUGAUCAGUGACGUUAAGUGUAAGAUCAGCUCAGUGGAAAUUUCCUUAAGCUAAAAAUAAAGAAUGCAACACUACAAAAGGUCAUGAAACAAAAUGCUCUAUUCAUGGAGGAUGAAGUAUGAUUAGAUGAAGAAUAUGUAGUCAUCUGAGAUGACUCUACACUGCCCAGAAGAAUUUUUAUAAACCAAUCCAAACCUUCCCUUUAUGUAGUUUGCACUUUAAACUUCCUCUUGUUUGUGUGAUUGUAUUUUGUUCUGUGAUUGUCAACACUAAGUUAUGAAUAAUGUUUUUAUUAUAAAAACUAAGCUGGACAUUUUAAACAGUAUGUUUUCUGUAUUGAUCCCAGGCCUGUGGUGCUCCUCCUGGACACAAUAUCUAGUAUCGACUUGAUAUAAAAAUGUUUAGACACCCUUUAAGGAUGAAAAUGAAAGCUGGGCUAAGCACUGAAAUUAAUAACUGUGAUACUCGGACAUAGAAGUACAAUAUAUAUACUGUAUUUUUCUAAAUAAUUAAAUUAAUAUGAAAUCCAGCGCUGUAAUGUAGUGAGCUACACUGGGAUCCACAGUUUCAUAUGAUUUUAAUGUGUUUGUCCUAAAGUUAUUAUUAUUAUUAGGAUUAUUAUUAAUACUAUGAUGUUAUCUACAAGUCUUGCUGAUUUGUAGAUAACAACAUUUUUCUCAUCCUGUGAUGUUUGUUUUGUAAUGUAUGCAAUAUUUUGUACCAAAUGAAUUUUCUACACCUAAACAUUGUGUGAGACGUUAUUUGUGUAACAAAUACAUGUAAACCUCUGAACACAGGAUUCAUACCAGUCCAACCAAGGCCUACAGGCAUUCAUCUUCUGACACUCGAAAGACAGCUUUUUUAGCAAAAUCCUCUUUCAGUUGUUUCAAAUCUUUUCCAAUAUUUGAUACUAGUACAUUGUUUGAAUUGUAUUAAAACAUCUCAAGCUUUCUUG